GUGUGACCUGCGCUGUUCGACGGCAGUGUCGGAGUCAGAGUUUUGUUACGUGUAGAAAAAUAAUAAAAGCUCUGUGAAAAUUGUGCAAAUCAUUCUAAACCGUUAACCAAAAGCACAAAACUCGGCUCGAAGUAAAAACUGUUAACGCCCCGUGAUCUAAAAAGAAUACAUAUAAUCGAAAUAAAACCAAGAGAAACUGAAAUUGUGUGCAAGGAAAAUUCGGCUUGUGGCUCAUUAAAAGUGUUUUUGUUUUGUUUAGUGUAGAAUUUAAACAAAAUUACAAUUGCAAACAAUAUUUUGUGUAGUUGGCAUGUUAAGUGAGUUCGAUGCCAGUGCGGUUAAGUGUCGUCUAUGGCCGAGUCCGUUAAAAGUCAAACGCUCUCUGCAUUGACGGAGGGGCAGCACGACGGUAGUACAAUAACAUCAAAUUCACAACGCCAGUACACCACCAACAACAACAACAAUAAUAGCAACCAUAAAAGCAGCAAGAAACGAAAUUCAACGCCUGCAAAUUCGACUUUGACAAUAUCAUCCUCCGUCGUCGCCGCCUCCGCACUUCGUUCGCGAAGCAAGGGUCGCAACCUUGCUCAAACAUCCACCCCAACAACAACAACUACGAUUACAACACCAGCAAGAACCAACAAAAAUAAUAAUAACAAGAAAUCUGCAUCUCAAGAACUCUCACGUUGCUCCACUGCUGCAACCUUUGGCGGCAGUGUGACCAGCUCACGUUUAUCGGAGUCGCUUACCACGUCAAAUAAUAUCAACGAUACUUCGUUGUCACCAGGCAGUCGUAAGCGUCAGCAUCAACAUUACAAUAGCGGUCGUCAUUAUAGUCAUAAUCAAUCAGCUCCUGGCGGCGAUCAAUACGUGGAGUUAAACUCGCCGCUCAAGAAGCGUCGUGUUCAAAAACCGCCCACAUCAGUUAGUGAAGCAACUAGCGGCGAGUUAUCACGACUAUCAACCGGAGCUGGUGCCACACCAAGAGCAACAUCUUUGGAGAGUACACCACGUCUGGCAUCUGGCGGAGAUUGUGUCGCUCAACGCACGCGCUCCAAGACUCACACACCCGAGGAACUGCCCAGUACGAGCAGUGCAGCGCGGCUCGCUGCCAACAAUAAUAACACCAGACGGACAAGUGGAACCUGCAAUCACGUCAUUGGAGUGACACCACAGCGCGGUGCAGCUGCCCGCGCAGCAUCCGGAGGAGCAGCACGCAACAGUAGCUCUAACAGCGGCAGCAAUUUGUUGAAUUAUUAUCGCAAGACGCGCAAAGUUAGCCACACUCGUGCCAAGCCAUCAGCAUCUGAACAGCAACAACUCGAGGAUUCCAUUCAGAAAUCCUCUGCCAACGAUCGAGAGAGCAGCAGUGCCCGCUUACAGGCCAGCGGCUCAGCUGUGAUUGCUGCUGCAGCGGCUAUUGACGCCGCGGUAUCUGGUGAACGUCACCAGGGUAUCAACAGCAACAGCAACGUUGCUCUCAAGCGGCUGUCCAAGAAGGGGGGCAGCAGCAACAACAAUAAGUACACCAAAUAUCGCAAGAGUCGGCGUAAUCAUCAGCAGCAAGUGCUCACUAGGAUUGACACGACGUUGAAUAAGAUCACAUCUGACGACGAGGAUCACAUCAACGAAUACGGCAGAUUGGAAGUCGAGCAGCAUCCACUGCCUACGUCCUCAGAAGCUGAGGAAACUAAUAAAAUAGACAGUGGUGAGGUCGACGACGACGAAGACGACGUCGGUGGAUUUGACGGCGGUGCUUCCGCAACGAGCGUUGGCUUUGAAGCUGCUAUAGUUUCCACGUCAGACGCCGAAGAGGACGAGCAAGAUCCGGAUCAAAACCAGGAGCAGGACGACGACGAUCAGGAGGAAGAAGUGGAGCCAGAGGAAGAAGAAGUGGGUUUCUACGAAAUAGUUAACUCGGCGGACUCAUCGUACGAGGAGGACGCUCAAAUAGUUGCCGAAGAGGACGAGUUAAGUGAGGAGGAGGACGUCGACGAAGAGGACGACGACGAUCUUGAGGAAGAUUUCGACGAAGAAGAAGAUCUCUCAGAGGGUGAAUUCGCUGAGCAUAUUAUUGGUGAACUUGGUGGGCCGCAACAGUCUCGGCCAGCGCCUCCGCCUAUUAUCUAUCAGCAACCACGUUACGCCGCAGCAACAUUUGUGCCGCCACCAACACAACAGCAACAGCACACUGUCUACGCACAGCAGCAGCAACAACAACAUUCAUCCCUGCGACGCAGUUCACGUAGCAAAACGGGUUCCUGUGUGAGUUCCGCAGCAGCCGCACAGCAGCAGCAACAACAGCAGCAGCAGCAUCAUCUGCAGCAGCAACAUCAACUGGCAGCUGUUGUUGCGCCCGGGACGGCUGCUGCUGCCAGCCUACAACAACAACAGGGGCCCACUAAUCAAUAUCAAUAUCAUCAGCAAUUGGGUGGCAAUACCGUUGUUGUUGCUGUGCGCCAGCAGCAGCAGCAACACCAUCAACAGGCGGCAUUGCAGCAACAGCACCAGCAACUGCAUCAACAAGCGCUGCAACAGCAGCAGCAACAACGUGCCACAAUUGUUCAGCCCGGUUUUCUGUUUAGCUACCGAAGUAGCCACAACCAGCCACAACAGCAACAGUCACAGCAACAGGCAACGCCCAAGGCGACACAUAGCAGUGCAGCUUCGGAUGCAUUAACAUAUAGUUUGAUGGCACAACAGCAACAACAAACUCCAAAUGGACCGCCGCAUGCAGGUGGACAGCAAUUGACGUCAGGUUCCAAUUCAGCAAAUCUCAGCAUUGUCGCGGCGGCAUUGAGCGCCGCACGGGACUCGGCAGUUAACGUGAACAUUAGCAGCGCGGUGGGCGCAACCAGCAGCAGCACCGCUAGCGGUGGCAGCAGCAGCAACAGCAACCAGAGUGCCUCGGCUAGUGGCGGCAGCAAUGUGACUACCACAUCAUCAACCCAAUUGGCUGCUGCUGCUGCACAGCAAACGGCUGCAGCGGCGGCCACUGGUGCCGCUGCAGUAAACGCAGCUGCCGCCGCCGCUGCAGCAGCGGAUACAGAGAGCGAUGACAGCGAGGUGGGACGACUGCAGGCGCUGCUUGAGGCACGCGGUCUGCCACCGCAUCUGUUUGGGGCAUUGGGACCACGAAUGACGCACAUACUCCAUCGCACCAUUGGCAACAGCAGCACAUCGAAGGCAAAUCAGCUGUUGCAGGGCUUGCAAUCGCAUGACGAGAGCCAGCAGCUCCAAGCUGCCAUCGAGAUGUGUCAAAUGCUGGUUAUGGGCAAUGAGGAUACGCUGGCCGGCUUCCCGGUGAAGCAGGUUGUGCCGGCACUGAUUCAACUGCUGCGUAUGGAGCACAACUUCGAUAUCAUGAACAAUGCGUGCCGCGCCCUGGCCUACAUGCUGGAGGCGUUGCCCCGUUCUGCUGGAACGGUGGUAGAAGCUGUGCCCGUAUUCCUCGAGAAGCUGCAGGUCAUCCAGUGCAUGGACGUGGCUGAGCAGAGUCUGACCGCAUUAGAGAUACUGUCCCGUCGCCACAACAAGGCCAUACUGCAGGCAAACGGCAUCAGCGCUUGCCUCACUUAUCUGGACUUCUUCUCGAUUGUAGCGCAACGAGCUGCUUUGUCCAUCACCGCCAACUGCUGCCAGAACAUGCACUCCGAGGAGUUUCAUUUUGUGUCCGACAGUUUACCGCAGCUGGCCCGAUUGCUCUCGCAGCCGGACAAAAAGUGUGUGGACAGCGUCUGCACCGCCUUUUGGCGCCUCGUCGAGAGUUUCCCACACGACGGCAAACGAUUACAGCAGAUUGCAAGCCCUGAUCUACUCAAGAAUUGCCAGCAACUGCUGGUGGUGACGCCUGCCAUUCUCAACACCGGCACCUUUACCAACGUCGUUCGCAUGCUGAGCCUAAUGUGCGCCGCCUGCCCCGACCUGGCUAUCUCAUUGCUGCGCAACGAUAUUGCCGCUACAUUGCUAUACUUGUUGACGGGCAACGCAGAGCCGGCGGCUGCAAGUGCCACUCAUGUGGAACUGGUGACUCGUCCGCCAUUGGAGCUUCUGGAGUUGACUUGCCUCAUUGGCGAACUGAUGCCGCGUCUGCCGCUGGAUGGCAUAUUUGCCGUAGAUGCGCUGCUGGAUCGACCCACGCUCAAUACACAGGAUCAGGUGCAGUGGCAAUGGCGCGAUGAUCGCGGAGCCUGGCACAACUAUUCCACCAUCGAUUCGCGUCUUAUUGAGGCUGCGCAUCAGAGCAGCGAGGAUGAGAUCAACUUGAGCACUUUGGGACGCACAUAUACCGUCGAUUUCCAUGCCAUGCAACAGAUCAACGAAGACACCGGCACCACAAGGUUUGUGCAGCGCAAGCUCAAUCCCAAUUAUGUGGCGCCCGCUGCUGCCGGACAGGAUUUAAGCACAACCGGUGCUUCGGCUUCUACUUCGGCCGCAGCAAGCGGCUCCAGCAGCAACAACAACAACAAUAUCACUAGCUCCAGCGCCAACUCUGCCAACAGUAAUGCAAACCAAGCCAAACGUCGUCCCUCAUUGGAUGCGCGCAUCGCCUGCUUGAAGGAGGAGCGCGGCUUGGCUGCUGAUUUUAUUAAGAACAUUUUCAAUGUACUCUACGAGGUAUACAGCUCGUCAGCUGGUCCCAAUGUGCGUUAUAAGUGCCUGCGCGCCCUGCUGCGCAUGGUCUACUAUGCGACCCCGGAGUUGCUGCGUCAGGUGCUUAAGUAUCAGUUGGUAUCGAGUCACAUUGCCGGCAUGCUGGGCAGCAAUGACUUGCGCAUCGUUGUGGGCGCUCUCCAAAUGGCCGAGAUAUUGAUGCGCCAGCUGCCUGAUGUCUUUGGCACACACUUCAGACGCGAAGGCGUCAUUUAUCAGUUCACCCAGUUGACCGAUCCCAGCAAUCCCAUUUGCGCCAAUCCAUCACCCAAGCCACUGAGCACCAGUGGCAGUCAGCUGGCCACGCCCACAACCAAUGCAGGUGGCUCACAGAGUGCACCCGCUUCGGCGAAUAGCUUGCAAGUGAAUCCCUUCUUCAUGGACAAUGUCACAGCUCCGUCAACAGGCUCGAGCAGUGCCAGUGGCACGCCCAGCAGCUCCAAGCAUCAAUCGUACAGCGUCAAGAGUUUCUCGCAUGCCAUGAAUGCGCUCACCGCCAGUGCCAAUGCAGUGCCCAAGCAGCAGCAGAGUUCGUCUGCAUCAGCUGCUGAUGGCACUGGCUAUAAUUACAGCAGCUCGGCGCCCUCGUCGUCCGCCUCAGCGGCAACAGCAGCGGGAGGAGCAGGUGCAGGAUCAGCCCCAGCAGCGUAUUUUGUUGCUGCCACAUCAGCCACUGAUCCACGCCAGUAUCUAAACUUUCAACAACCGGCGGCGCCUUUGCCGGCAGCACAACUGGAACUGGUGCCAACGGGCAGCGGUGGUCAACAGCAGCAGCAACAGCUGUCGACGCAAGUCAUCUACAAUAGCUCCCAAGGAGUCGCUAGUUAUCAACAGCAGCAGCAGAAUUUGAUUGUGGCAUCAACCAGUGCAGCGGCGGCAAACAACAACAGCGGCAGUGGCAGUAACAAUUGCUCGUCAUCGGCGUUGCAGCACAAGAUGACGGACAUGCUGAAGCGUAAGGCGCCGCCCAAGCGCAAGUCGCAAAGCAGCGGACGCGCCAAGUCGCGACAAGAGGACUCCGCAGCAGCUGUGGCUGCUGCUAGCUCGGCUAGUUCAGCGAUGCACGAGCUGCUCAGCCGUGCCACAAGUCUCGGUAGCAACACUGGCGGUCGCAACACACCCAGCUCUGGCUCAGGAUCAGGGUCGAGCAAUUCCAAGUCGCGUUUCAGCGCCGGCAACACAAACAAUGCGAGCGGCUCCUCAACGAAAUCAUCGUUUCUGGCAUCGCUUAAUCCGGCACGUUGGGGCCGGCAAACGGCGCAUCAUCAUCACCAUCAGCAGCAACAACAGUCUUCGUCGCAUCACGGACUGACCAAAGACAACAGCGGCAGCAGCAGCAGUGGAGGAGCUUGCAGCACCUCAGCUGGCUUGGCCUACGCAGGAUCACAGCACGGCGGUGCUGCUGGCAUGAAUGCCGCAGCAGUUGCCGCAAGCAUCAGCAAGAGCAUUUCGCAUGCCAAUCUCAUUGCGGCCGCAAAUCGCGAGCGUGCCCGCCAAUGGGUGCGAGAACAGGCCAUUGAUUUUGUUAAGCGCUACACGGAGCAGGAGGCACGCCGCAGUAAGCGAGACAGUGACAGCAACUGCGGAACGGGCACUGGCGCUGGUGGCUCUGGCUUGGGGUCGUCAGCAUCGGCUGCAUCAGCUACCACGUCGCUGGCGAGUACCAGUGUACUGGAGCGGCUGUCGAGCAUUUUGCUCAAGCUAAACGGAAGUUAUCACGACUGUCUGGAUGCGCUGCUUGAGCUGAAGACAAUCCUGCUGGAAAGCGACAUAUCACCAUUUGAAGUGAACCAUUCGGGUCUCAUCAAAGCAAUGCUCAACUAUAUGACCAGCGAGUCGGGUCUGGUGGAUCGCGAUGCUCGUCUGCGCAGCUUUAUGCACGUUUUUGCCGGACUGCCGUUGGAGCCGUUGCUCCAGAAUGUUGGACAAUUGCCAACCAUUGAGCCGCUGGCGUAUGGCGCAUUUGUGGCCAAGCUGAAUGCUUGCGUCACACAAUUGGAGCAAUUUCCUGUCAAGGUGCAUGAUUUCCAAGCUGGUCCAGGUGGUCGGUCCAAUCAAAGUGCUCUGCGGUUCUUCAAUACGCAUCAAUUGAAGUGCAACUUGCAGCGGCAUCCACAGUGCAGCAAUCUGCGUCAAUGGAAGGGCGGCACCGUUAAGAUCGAUCCCUUGGCUAUGGUCCAGGCAAUCGAACGAUAUCUGGUGGUGCGCGGCUAUGGUGGCAUUCGCGCCGACUCUGAUGAUGACAGCGAAGAGGAUAUGGAUGACAAUGUGGCUGCUGUUGUAAUGACACAGUCGGGUUUCAAGCACAAGCUACAAUUCCUCAUUGGGGAGCAUGUGCUCCCCUAUAACAUGACCGUCUAUCAGGCUGUCAAACAGUUCUCGCCGCUGGUCAAUGAGCAACACGAAACGGACAACGAAUCCGAGAUGCUUUUAGGCAACAGCAGCAUUUGGGUGCAACAGCAUACUAUUUACUAUCGUCCAGUGGAAGAGGAGGGCAUUGGCUCCGGAGCGAACAGCUCUUGCAGCAGCAGCAGCAAUAACCAGGUUCAUGGCCAGCACAAGGCCAGUAGUGGCAGCAACACGUCCAGUUCAUCCCACGUGGCUACCUCAUCAUGCUCCUCAUCGUCCUCGGCAGCCACAUCGAGUGGUGGCAAAAAAUCGCACAAAUCUAGUAGUAAAUUCAUGCGCAAAAAGACGGAGCUCUGGCACGAGGGCAUCGCUCCAGCUUUAUUGUCGCCACUGAAACAGUUCCUGAGCAGCUGUUUGCCCCCCGAUGUGGUAACUGUGCAGGAUGCUUCAUUGGAUGCCCUUUGCAUGUUGCGAGUCAUACACGCCCUCAAUCGUCACUGGGAGCAUCUCUACGGUUGCGUUGUGCGCCAGAAUAUUAUUCCCCAGUCUGAGUUUGUACAUCCGAAGAUCACGGCAAAGGCGAAUCGACAGCUGCAGGACCCACUGGUCAUUAUGACUGGCAAUCUACCACAAUGGCUGCCUCAGAUUGGCAUGGCUUGUCCCUUCCUCUUCCCAUUCGAGACGCGACAUUUGCUCUUCUAUGCGACCAGCUUUGAUCGGGAUCGUGCUCUACAACGCCUUUUAGACACAACACCAGAUCUGAAUGCAGCCGAAUCAUCGGAGCGUGUUGCUCCACGUCUCGACAGACGCAAGCGGGCUAUUUCACGUGCCGAACUGCUCAAGCAGGCGGAACACAUACUCCAGGACUUCGGCAACUCGAAGGCUCUGCUCGAGAUUCAGUACGAGAAUGAAGUGGGCACUGGACUGGGACCCACUUUGGAGUUUUAUGCUCUCGUCUCGGCUGAAUUGCAGCGCACUGAUCUUGGACUCUGGAAUGGCAGUGACAGUUAUCGCCACAAUUCAUCCAAUAUUGCGGAUGUUGUCAAGUCAUCUAGCGCAAUGCUGCACAUUGAGGAUGCGUCUGAAGCAACCAGCGAAGUGGCAACUGCAGCAACUACUCUGGUUAGCAGCACCACCACCACAACAGCCACCGCACAUUUGACCCGCUCGAGCAGUCGCAGCAAUGCCCUGCGCAACCAACAGCAACAGCAGCACCAGGCGGAGCACAGCUCUACCAGUGCAGGAACUAAUGAUAACGCUUUAAAUAUGAUCAUUGCACAGCAGUAUAGUGAUAUGGCUGCCACCGACGGCGGCAGCACAACAACAGCAAACGCAUCGCAAGUGCUCGACCAACAGACAACAACAACCACAGUCACAACGACGACACCAAUGGGAACAACAAUUGCCACAGCCACCUCAAUGGUUAGCUAUGUGCACACUGCACACGGUUUAUUCCCGCUGCCGUUGGGCAAAUCCUCCAAGUUGCCACAGAUGACCAAAGCCAAAUCGAAAUUCAAAUUCCUGGGCAAGUUUAUGGCCAAGGCGGUGAUGGAUAGCCGCAUGUUGGACUUGCCGUUCUCAUUACCCUUCUAUCGCUGGCUGGUCAGCGAGGAGCACUCAAUUGGCCUGGCUGAUUUGUUGCGUGUGGCACCCGAGGUACAAAGCACUUUGGUGCGACUACAAGAUAUGGUGCGACAGCGCGAGGACAUUGAAUCCGAUGCUAAUUUAAAUUCCAUAGAGAAAAGCGAGAAGAUUGAGCAACUGGACUUGGAUGGUUGUCCAAUAGCUGACUUGGGGCUGGACUUUGUGCUACCAGGACAUGCCAAUAUUGAACUAUGCCGUGGCGGACGGGAUACGCCCGUUACCGUGCACAAUCUCCAUAAAUACAUUUCGUUGGUCACUUACUGGUUUCUCAUCGAGGGCGUGCAAAAACAAUUCGAGGCUCUGCGAGAGGGUUUCGAUUCAAUUUUCCCCAUACAACGUUUGCGCAUGUUCUAUCCAGAGGAGCUGGAGUGCGUCUUUUGCGGUUCGGGCAGCGAACAGCAUCAACGCUGGGAUCUCAAAAUGCUGCAGGACAGCUGCCGCACUGAUCACGGCUUCCAUCAGGAAUCUCAGGCCAUACAAUAUUUGUAUGAGAUUCUCGCCUCAUACAAUCGUGAUGAGCAGCGCGCAUUUUUGCAGUUCGUGACUGGAUCACCGCGUCUGCCGACUGGGGGAUUCAAGGCACUCACCCCGCCUCUAACCAUUGUGCGCAAGACGUUGGAUGGGAAUCAGAAUCCCAAUGAUUAUCUACCAUCUGUGAUGACCUGUGUCAACUAUCUAAAGUUGCCGGACUACUCCAAUCGCGAUGUGAUGCGGCAGAAACUGAAAGUGGCUGCCAACGAAGGCAGCAUGUCGUUCCAUCUAUCUUAAGAAGGACAGCAAGCAAGACAUGAGGAUGAAACAUGCAACAAGCAAACCACAUGGGAAAACAAAUCCACAACAAUAAGAAAACUUUAAUUCAUAUUCAAGACAUACAAAACAAGCCUUUUCUAUAUCCUACUCAAUCCAAUGUAUCUAUACUAUAUAUAUGAUAUGUAUAUAGAUGGGGGAUUUGCGUAAACACGCACGCACACCCAACACACACACGCUCAUCAUUUUGCCGGAUAGCAGGAUAAACCCAAUCAAACCGCAAUAUCAGCAACAACAACAGGAGUAAAACAACAACAAUCACUUAUGCAAUCAAUUCUAGUGCUUAACUUAUCCUAUGCAAUUUAUCAUCAAUCUUUCUCUUUAACCGCCGCACCCAAUCCCACAGUCAACUGGCCAAAUUUCGAUAUAUAGCAAAUAUAUUUUGUAACAUUCUCAAAUUGCAUAACUUAUGUGUUGGUCGCGUCACUCCCACUUAUAUAAAAACUAUAUAUAGAUAUGUAUUUAUAUAUAUUAAUAAUAUAUAUAGUGUUCAUACUACAAAAGAUCAAGAAUUGAAAAUGCUAUUGAAUAAAAUAAUUAGUACAUCGCUGAAAACAAAAACUAUAUAGAAAGAGGCGGCGUAGAAGCUAAAGCAAGAGCUGCUAGCAAAACCCCCAUUGUUCUUUAUUUAGUUCUGAAAAAUUCAAGUUGGCUUAUAAUUCGCCUAUAGUUACAAAUGAUUUGUUUUUUAUUUUUUUUGAAAUUUCAUUAAGUUUUUUGUUGGAAAAGCAUAAGCAUUAUGUAUGAGCAUAAUAUUUAUAUCUGUAACUGAUGGAAACGCUUAGAAGCUGAGGAAAUGAGAACAACGCGGCAAUUUCUCCUCUAAUCUUAUAUAUGUAGAAAUAGAUUAAAUUCAGAUGAUAAUGGAAAAAUAAAUGAAAUAAGAACGCCCACCCUUGAAAAAAUUAAAAUUAAUAAUAGAAAUAAAAUCUAUACAUAUACAUAUAUAUAUAAAUAUAAAAUAAUUAUACAAUUUAAUGAAUAAUUGAUUGUGUAUCUACCAUGCCUCUAAAGCAAAUAUUCUGCAAGCUGUGUUAAUCUAUCAUAGCAAAAAAGCCACAAAUAUAAAAUAAAAUAAAGAAAAGUAAACAUAAACAUAGAGUGUGGAACGAAAGCGAAAGUAAAUCAAAUACAACUGAUGAAAUUGAUCUAAUGGAAAAUUCAAUUAAAAUCGUCAAACAAAAAUGGACAGAUUGAAGUUGACUCUAGCGUUUAGUUCACAUUUUCAUACAAACUAUAUCUAUACAUAAAUACGUACAUAUAAAUAUUUACAUAUAUACACGUACACAUAUACAUAAACUGUAAUUGUAAUUGUAUUUAACGAUUAUUAACUUUGUGUUUUCGUUUAAACAAAACUAAUAAAUCGAAUUGCGUAAUCGAUCUAAAGAAUUGAAUAAUGAAAUCUACGACCGAUUAUUGACUUCUGCAGUACUGAUUGAUUUAUGAUCCCAAUGAUGAUAACGAUUAAUAUUAUGAGAAACAACAAAAGAUUAUAAAAUGCAUCAAGAUAUCAAUACAAAUUAAAUUGAAUAAAAUCUAGUGUUUAAAAUUAUCAUUAUAAUUACAAAAUAGUUACAACAUAAACACAGCAACAAUUGCUUUACAAUAACAAAUGAAACCAACAGCAGCGACAACAACAACAACAUCAAAUGCAAAUAAAACUGAAGAGAAAAAAAUACGACAAUUAA